AUGAGUGUCGUUACUCGAAGAGAGACGAGCAGACACACGCACACGGUCAUCUUUCUCCACGGCCGAGACAGUAAUAGCCAAGAAUUUGCGGACGAGUUCUUCGAGAGCGAGGCGUCCGAGCAUGCUGGGGAGCCUCGUACUCUUCCGGAUCUGUUCCCAGGCAUCAGAUGGGUCUUCCCGACAGCCCCGAUACUUCACUCGAAACGGUUCGAUACCGCCAUGUCUCAAUGGUUCGAUAUAUGGUCAGUCGAAGAUCCUGAGGAGCGAGCCGAGAUCCAGACGGAAGGAUUAAAGCAGAGUGUUGCCGCCCUCAUUGAGGUGAUAAGAGCCGAAGAAACUUUUGUGUCUCGACAAAACAUCUUUUUGGGAGGAAUCAGCCAGGGCUUUGCCACGGCACUGGCUACCUUCUUCGCAGAUGGCCAACAGUUCGCUGGUCUAAUCGGCCUUUGCAGCUGGAUGCCUUUCGCCAAUCUUGUCGACGACCUCAAAACAGUUAGUGCAGAUGACGAGCAGCUUUUAAGUGCAGUUCACAAGAUGUACUUCGGGCACCAAGCCCCAGAGAAACCACUAUCGCCGUUCCUCCGGUCUACUCCCAUCUUUCUCGGUCACUCAAUCGAUGAUGAGACUGUUCCUAUCGAGAAUGGAUGGCGAAUGCGGGAUGUACUCCUUGUUCCUUACAAUUAA